UUUCUAAUUCCCUUCCCCCAAAUCUCAACUGGAAUUGGGAAUUCUUUUCAUCUUUAUGACACAAUUACUUAAAAUGGCUUCUUAUAACACAUCACACCUGUUUCUUUCAUCUUGAAUCAAUGCUUGUUUGUGGGUUUCCAUAAAGAACACAAAAAUGAAGGAUUUCCCUUCUUGUUUUGCUGAAAACGGAGUCGCCAUUGCAGAUGCAUCAUGCACCAGCAGCACUGUAAGUAAAAGCAAAGCCUCUCAAAACUUGGUCACGUGUGUUUACCAAUCUAAAUUUCUUGCCAAAUCUCGUUUAAUAAUCAUCACUUGGAGCAAGAAUCUCGUGGGUCAUUGUUUCAGUGUGGAAAUUGAGGAUCUUUCACAUAAAUCUCUCUCUAGACUUGAUGUUAAACCUUCUCUUUUCUCCAAAACCAAAGGUUCCAAGCAUCUUCAAGUGGAUUUCCUCACCAUUGAUGUCUACUGGGACCUCACAAAUGCCAAAUUUGGUUCCACCCCUGAACCCAUUCAGGGUUUCUAUCUGGGUCUUGCUUUUAAGGGACAGAUUGUUUUGUUAAUUGGGGAUCUCACAAAACAAAUCUUGAAGAAAACUGGUUCCAUUCCCAUUGCCUCCCAAUCUUUCUCUAAUUCCUUGGUUUUGAAAAGAGAACACAUUUUUGGGAACAAAGUGUAUGCUACUAAAGCCCAAUUCAAAGAUAAUGGUGUGAUCCAUGACCUUAGAAUCGAGUGCGAUACGGUUGGGUCCAACAAUCCCAGACUCGUGCUUCGUUUGGAUUCGAAGAUAGUGAUGCAAGUCAAGCAUCUGCUAUGGAAAUUUAGAGGGAAUUGCACCAUUUCCAUUGAUGGCCUCCCUGUGGAAGUUUACUGGGAUGUUCAUAAUUGGUUGUUUGGAUCAACAGCUGCAAGUGCUGUUUUCAUGUUUCAGACUUGUUACGAAUUGGCAGAUCCGUCUACGGUUCCGUGGCCUUGUUCGCAGAGCUUGCAUUGUCCUGGUUUUUGUUUCACACUGUAUGCUUGGAAGAACGAAUAGUCGGCAACAAGAAUUGAUUUGUUUUUGGCAAAAAUCGCUAGCUAACGUUAUUUACUAGUCUUGAAACUUAAAAUUCUUUCGUUAACGGGUUCUUGUUAAGUUUAUAUACAUCUAAAUCAUAUCCUUUUCUUGUUCCAAUUGCUAAUUAUAUGUGAAAGUUGCAAUCUUGAUAUGAUUUUGUUGCAAUAUGUAUAUAGCUUCAACAUCAUCAUGGAUCUUUGAUCAAGAUCAUGGUCUCAUUUGUGAAUUUUUGGAUGUCAAAUUUAUGGAUCUUUUGAACU